UCCAACUUCUCCACGGCCAGCCCGCACCGCCAUCCGCUCGCCCAUCUUUGAUUCGGCCUCUUCCCCUCUCGGGCUCUCCCCAUCGUCUCCCUUCGAGAGAAUCCGUUCCUCUUCCUCCCCUAGGAGCUUCCUCUGCCCCCCGCGAUCCGGCCAGCCUCGCCGGAACCCUAACCCUAGCCCGCCAUGGCCGGCUCCGCGCACCCCGCCUCAGGCGCCGCGAGGGCCGUGGUGCUCCGCCUCGACGACCUGUCGCUGCCGCCGCGGUACCUGACCGUGCCGUCCCACCUCCCGGUCUCCGACCUCCUCGGCUCCCUCCCGCUCCCUUCCUCCUCGUACUACCUCACCGCCGACGGCCGCCCGCUUCCGUCCUCCACCCCGGUGUCGUCGCUCCGCCCGUCGGCGUCCGUCCAGCUCCGCCUCCGCGCGCUCCGUGGCGGCGGAGGCGACGGCGGCGCCACGGGCGCCGAGUCCCGCGACUGCUACCUCUCCAUGUACCUCGCCAAGAAGCCCGACAAGGCGGACCCCAACGAGGCCCGCCUCUCGCGCUUCACCUGCUGCGCGCUCUCCGGGGAGCCCCUCGCCGCGCCCGCCGUGGCCGACCGUCUCGGGAACCUCUACAACAAGGAGGCCCUCGUCGAGGCGCUGCUCCACAAGCGCCUGCCCAAGGCGAUGUCCUACAUCCGGGGGCUGCGGGACAUGAUCCCCAUCCACCUGCACCCCAGGCCGGACGCCGACGCCGCCGGGGAGGAGGUCCGGUUCCAGUGCCCCGUCACCGGCCUCGAGUUCAACGGGAAGUACCAGUUCCUCGCGCUCCGGGGGUGCGGGCACGUGCUCAGCGUCAAGGCGCUCAAGGAGGUCAAGACGUCCGCGUGCUUGGUCUGCCACAAGGAGUUUGAGGAGGCCGACAAGAUGCCCAUCAACGGGACUGAAGAUGAGGUGGCCGCGCUGAGGAAGAGGAUGGAGGAGGAGAGGGGGAAGGUGAAGGAGAAGAAGGAGAAGAAGGUGGGGAAUGGCCUCAGUGGGAAUAAGCAUGCUGCUAAUGUUGCGGCAGCGGGGGCGGGGGCUGACAAGUUAGAGAAUGGGAAGAAGGGUGACGCGGCUUCAGCAAAGCGCUUCAAGGCUUCUGACCAUGCGCCAGCCCAUGCCAACAAGGAAGUGUAUGCAUCCAUAUUCACAUCGUCCAGGAAGUCGGAUUUCAAGGAGACAUACUCAUGCCGGUCACUUCCAUUGGGAAGGAAUUGAUGUCAUGGCAAGAGUGGUCGCUUCCAUUGGGAAGGAAUUGAUGUCACGGCAAGAGCGAUUGCAUUGCAUGGAGGUGAUCCUGUAUUGAUUUGCCUCGCACAUAUCAUGGAUGGCUCACAAGUUUAAUGUUGGUCGCUUUAUCUGGCGGUGUUAUUUAUCUUUGAUUGGCGAGAUCAUAUUUUGUCUGUUAGAGCAGUGUUAAAUUCAUCAUAUGAAUGAUGUGUGGAGUUUGCAACUAAUAGUUGAUCUUGUGUUGCAGCUUGUGUUGGAAUAAAGUUGUUACUUGUAUGCAUGGCUAAUGGUUCCCCAAAAAAAUGACAAACGGUGGUCUUCAUGUCGUUGUUCGCUUGUUGCCACAGUACAGUUAAUCAAAGUCCAUAUGUGAUCUUUUUAUGUAUUGCCCACAAAAGAUGUAAUCCAUGGAAUUCAACAGUGAGGAUGUGUGUGUGGACAGUAUGUGGUUUUGUGGACAUCAACAUUGCUAGUUUGUCAUUCUUUUCCCAAA